AUACAUACAAACAAACAAACAAAGAACCAUCAAAUGAUUUCUCUUCUUCUUCUUCUUCUUCUUCUUCUUCUCUCCUUCCUUCCUUCCUUCUCAUUCUCAUUCUUGUUGCCAACAAGGCCUCUCUCACCCACAAUCCUCCCCUUUUUGGGUUUUUGCCUUUUGCUCUCUCUCUCUCUCUCUCUCUCUCUCCCUCAAUUAUUAACCCAACUUCUCCACAACAUUAUCAUCAACUCACAACAACAAACACUUCAAAAUCAAACAAAACCCUAAUUUUGUUUUCCUCUUCCCAAAUCGAAAUUCGGCUUUUCAAUGGAACAACAUGGCCUUUAUGUGCUCUUCUGCUUUCAUCUGUGCAGUUAUACUCAGACCUGAAUUGGGGUCUCUCUUCCCUAUACCAACUUUGACUACAAGUCUAUAAACGGGUUGGUGAUUAGCUGAGAUGGCUGAAAGCUGGCAGGGGAGUUAUGACGCCGGCAGCCAGUCAGAUGACAGCUAUAGAUUUGAGAGGCUGCACAUUGAGCCUAUUUAUGAUUCAUUCUUUUGCCCCUUAACGAAGCUAGUUAUGCGGGACCCCGUUACCUUAGAAAAUGGGCAAACAUUUGAACGCGAAGCAAUUGAAAAGUGGUUCAGGGAGUGCAGGGAGAGUGGAAGGAAUUUACAGUGCCCACUCACACUAAAAGAAUUAAAAAGCGCUGAAUUGAAGCCGAGCAUAGCUUUGCGAAACACCAUUGAAGAGUGGAGUGCUAGGAAUGAAGCUGCUCAGCUUGAUAUGGCUCGUAAAUCAUUGAAUUCGAGCAGUUCAGAAGAUGAUAUUCUUUUGGCCUUGGAGUAUGUCCAGCAAAUCUGCAACAAAAGCAGAUCAAAUAAGCACAUUGCACGAAAUACAGGAUUGUUGCCCAUGAUCAUUGACAUGUUGAAGAGCAGCAGUCGUAGAGUUAGGUGUAAAUCUUUGGACACCCUAAGAAUUGUUGUAGAGGACGAUUCUGAAAAUAAGGAAAUAUUGGCAGAGGGGGACACUGUACGCUCAAUAGUAAAGUUCUUGUCUCAUGAGCAAUCUAAAGAGAGAGAGGAAGCUGUCUCUUUGCUAUAUGAACUAUCCAAAUCUGAAGCCUUAUGUGAGAAGGUUGGUUCAAUUCCCGGAGCAAUUCUUAUGUUGGUUGGAAUGACAAGCAGCAAAUCAGAUAACAUUUUGACUGUUGAGAAAGCUGAGGAAACAUUAGAGAAUCUGGAGAAGUGUGAGAACAAUGUGCUUCAGAUGGCUGAAAAUGGUAGACUGCAGGCUCUUCUGACACAAAUUCUUGAAGGCCCCCCAGAAACUAAACUAUCGAUGGCUAAUUUCCUUGGCAACCUGGUUUUGGACAAUGAUGUAAAGGUCCAAGUGGCUAAAAGUCUGGGUUCAUCUUUGAUCAAUAUCAUGAGAAGUGGUAAUAUGCAGUCAAGAGAAGCUGCUUUGAAAGCUCUAAACCAAAUUUCAUCUUGUGAGGCAAGUGCCAAGGUGCUGAUAGAGGCAGGAAUACUUCCAUCUCUGGUCAAAGACCUCUUUACUGUUGGCCCUCAUCAGCUUCCUAUGCGACUCAAAGAGGUUGCUGCAACAAUUCUUGCUAAUAUUGUUAACUCAGACUAUGACUUUGAUUCCAUAUUAGUUGGACCUGAUCACCAGACUCUAGUCUCAGAAGACAUAGUCCACAACCUACUACAUUUAAUUAGCAACACAGGCCCAGCAAUCGAGUGCAAGCUUCUCCAGGUUCUUGUUGGACUCACUCUCUCUCCCUCUACUGUUUUGAGUGUUGUUGCCGCCAUUAAAAGCUCUGGCGCCAUUAUUAGUUUGGUGCAGUUUAUUGAAGCUCCACAAAAGGAGUUGCGUGUGGCUUGCAUUAAACUUCUCCAAAACCUCUCCCCACACGUGGGUCAGGAACUAGCUGACGCUCUACGUGGCACAGUGGGCCAACUUGGCAGCCUAAUCAAAGUAAUAUCAGAAAAUAUUUCAGUCACUGACGAGCAAGCAGCAGCCAUUAGCCUCUUAGCUGAACUUCCGGAGAGGGAUCUGGGCCUCGCCCGACAAAUGCUAGAUGAAGGUGCCUUCCAACUGGUGUAUUCCAGAGUAGUUAAGAUACGACAAGGAGGGACUAAGGGGGGCCGCUUUGUCACACCAUUUCUAGAAGGGCUUGUACGGGUUCUAGAAAGGGUUACUCUUGUGUUGGCUGAUGAGCAAGAUGCAAUUACACUCUGCCGUGAGCUUAAUGUUGCAGCCCUUUUCAUUGAGCUUCUUCAAUCCAAUGGACUGGACAAUGUACAGAUGAGUUCUGCCGCAGCAUUGGAGAACUUAUCACAAGAAUCCAAAAAUUUGACAAGAUUUCCCGAGUUGCCUACCCCUGGUGUUUGUGCCUCAAUUUUCCCAUGCUUUAGCAAGCAACCUACCAUAAAUGGACUGUGUCGGCUUCACCGUGGCACAUGCUCACUUAGAGAAAGUUUUUGUCUCUUGGAAGGACAGGCUGUGGACAAAUUGGUAGCUCUACUUGACCACACAAAUGAGAAGGUGGUUGAAGCAGCCCUUGCAGCAUUGUCUACUUUGUUGGAUGAUGGGGUUGAUAUUGAACAAGGGGUUUUGGUAUUGUGUGAAGCAGAGGGAGUCAGACCCAUUCUAGAUGUGUUACUAGAGAAACGGACAGAGAAUCUGAGGAGGAGGGCAGUUUGGGUAGUUGAGAGACUAUUGAGGAGUGAUGAGAUAGCCUAUGAAGUGUCUGGAGAUCCAAAUGUGAGUACUGCACUUGUUGAUGCAUUCCAGCAUGGUGACUAUCGAACCCGACAGAUUGCCGAACGUGCUUUGAAGCAUGUUGACAGGUUACCAAACUUCUCUGGAGUGUUUCCAAGUGCAGGAUAGCAAGCUUCUAGUGGUUUGUUGUGUGGUUUGCAAAGCUGCAAAUGGGACGGUAUAUAUUGCUGUAUACAGAUUUUUCAUUUGUUUUCAAAGUGUUCAUUUGUUCUUAAGAAUGAUAUGACAAUCAACUUUGGUUUCUGUUUAUGAACUUCAUCUUGUGUA